AUGAUUGGCUGCUGUUUGACAUCCCCCGGUGUGGCUGCGCUGGAUGUGCAUGUUGACAAGGUGCCUACCUGUCUAUUACCCACUACCUCGUCCAUACUGGCUCUAGAUGACAGUUCGUCGUUGCUGGAGGAGACGGAGGUGCACGAUCCCUGUGGUCGUGCUAGGUUCGAAGAGUGGUUCCAUGCACUCAUUGUGGAGCGGACUACGGUUCAGCCACCGCCUUGUGUGCGUUUGAUUCCCAAAUACAGCGUGCAUGUGUUCGCCUGUGAAGGUGUGGGCCGGCUCCGUUGA